AUGGGCUCAGAUCCUCAGUACGCUAAGUGGCCAUUGUUGCCGUUGUCGCAGCACGUUUUCACCCUCACAAAUGCCUAUGCCUCCAAAACGGCCCAACAAGCCGCCGUCAAGGCCCUGCAAGAUGCCAUCACCGAAGACAAGAUGGCGCCGUUCUACCGGUACCUGGCACAUCCCAUCGAUGGCAUUCUGAAUGCUGUCGGCGAGGGCGGUGCUUCUGGGCCUGGAAAGCCGUUGAGCAGGAAAUCUAGCUUAGUUGGCAUGGUCGCUACCAAGGCAUCAACAACGAGCGUGACCCUACCUUGGGAUGAGGCAUUGUAUGCGAAAUUGAAGGAGGACAAUGAUAAGGAGUUGGCCGGGUUCCAAAAGGAGGAGGAUGAGGCCGUGGAGCAGGCUGGCGAAACUGAGGUCAUGGCUGCCAAGGGCAAGAGAGCAGAUUUCUGGGCCAGAGUGGGAGACAAGGACAAGGCGAUCGCUGCGUUCGAAGACGUCUUCGAGAAGACCGGUAUCUUGGGCACGAAGAUUGACCUGGUUCUGGCCAUAAUACGUAUGGGCCUCUUCUAUGGCGACAAGGCGCUGGUAAAGAAACACAUCGAGCGAGCUACAACCCUGGUUGAGUCCGGCGGUGACUGGGACCGUCGAAACCGCCUCAAGGCCUACGAAGGACUUCACCUCCUCACCCUCCGAUCCUACAAUCUUGCAGCGCCCCUUCUCCUCGACUCUCUUUCCACCUUUACGAGCUACGAACUCUGCACCUACUCCAACCUUGUUGUGUAUUCAGUUCUGGCUGGCUCUGUAUCUCUCAAGCGUGUCGACUUCAAAUCCAAGGUCGUCGACGCACCGGAGAUCAAGGCUAUAAUGGGUGACGGUGAGGACAAGUUGAUGGCUCUGAGCGGUGCUCUGAGUGCCGGCCCCGGUGCAGAUGAUACCACCGGUGACAAGGCACCACAGACUGCCACAACAACGGCUGUCAACCUGACGACGUUGGGAUCAAGCACUGAGCAGCCCGAGGCCGAGAUGGCUAUUGACUUCAGCCCCCUUGCGCUUUUGGUCAGCAGUCUGUACAAUGGCAACUACAAGACCUUCUUCCAGUCUCUUGCCUCAGUCGAGGAGCAGUUCCUUAACCAGGACCGCUAUCUUCAUGAACACAAGAGCUGGUUUAUUCGCGAAAUGCGACUGAGAGCGUACCAGCAGCUGCUCCAGAGCUACCGAGUUGUCGGGUUGGAAAGCAUGGCAAAUGAUUUUGGUGUCACAGUCGACUUCCUUGACCGUGAUCUUGCUCGCUUCAUUGCCGCUGGCCGUAUUCCGUGCACAAUUGACCGCGUCACUGGCAAGGGCGUCAUUGAGACCAACCGACCAGAUGACAAGAACAAGCAGUACCAAGAUGUGGUUCGUCAAGGCGAUCAGUUGAUCACGAAGCUGCAGAAGUAUGGUCAAGCCGUUAGGUUGAGGGGCAGUGAGAGGGCAUAG